ACGGGCCCGGGGCGGGGGACGGGGGUGUCCCUUGCUGUCCCCAUGCGGCAGGUUUCUCCAGUGCAGCACGGCGUGGCGCUGCCAGCCCCGCUCGGUGACCGUGUCCCCGCACGCUUAUUUGCACAGCGCGCACAGCGCUUGGGUUCGAACAGCGACCUUGUAAACUGGGCACCGCCCUCCCCGCGUUACCGGUGGGGACACGGGCUUGGAGAGUGAGUGAGUCGCCCUUAGUGGCAGAGGGUGCGAGAGCGCCACAGUUCUAACCUGGGUUUUCCGAGACCACCCUGCGGCCCCAGCCCUGGAUCACAUUACACAGGAUUACUAGUUCAUUGUUAAUGUCAGCUGUUGUUUUGGCCAACAGCUUCAUGCCCCUAGGAAUGGCAGCCCCAACCAUGAAGGAAAGGCAGGCUUGCUGGGGUGCCCGGGACGAGUACUGGAAGUGUUUAGAUGAGAACACAGAGGAUGCUUCUCAAUGCAAGAAGUUAAGAAGCUCAUUUGAAUCAAGUUGUCCCCAACAGUGGGUAAAAUAUUUUGAUAAAAGAAGAGACUUCUUAAAAUUUAAAGAAGAAUUCGAAGCAGGAAAACCCCAGCCUUUAGGAAGAACUGCAAAAUCCUAAGCUGUUUCUGAACUUUUCAAAGUGGUUGAAACUACUCUUUCUGGACAUUCAAAGAGCUCUGCUGACUGUGGGACAAUAGUUUGAAUCAUGGUAAACUCAGUACUUGUUCCCUGUACACAACACUUAAUAACUGAAAGGAUCAUGGAAUAGAAGAUCCAUGAAGAAUUGAAAUAAAAUGAUAUUAAAUAUGCUUACUUUUAAUUUAGUAAAAAAUCUACAUUU